AUGUCUCUCAGAGCGGACGCCGGAGAAUGCGGGGGCGUAGUUGUGGAGUUUGAGAGCGAUGACAUCAGAGAUGCACGGGCAAAAAAGGCCAGGAGUAUACCAGGAUCAGCCCUUAUCUACCUCAAAGGUCCCAAGUUCCUGAUCUAUGUCAGUGGAGCGCUGUCAAUGUGGGGUGACCGCAUGUGGCAUUUCGCCAUCUCUGUUUUCCUGAUCGAGCUGUACGGUCGGAACUUGCUGCUCACUGCAGUGUUUGGCCUGGUGGUGGCUGGGUCGGUUCUGCUUCUCGGGGCAUUAAUCGGAGACUGGGUUGACCGGAACCCCAGGAACAAAGUGGCCCACGCGUCCUUGUUCAUUCAGAACAUUUCGGUGACCGUAUGCAGCAUUGUGCUGAUGUUGGUGUUCUCGUACAAACAGUGGAUUGAGCAGAUUUGGAAUGGAUGGUUGACUGUGGUUUGUUAUACGGUGGUGAUCGUCCUGGCAGAUGUGGCUAACCUCGCAAGCACGGCCCUGACCAUCGCCAUUCAAAGGGACUGGAUCGUUGUCAUCACUGGGUACAACCGUGGACACCUCGCUGGAAUGAAUGCAACCAUGCGGCGAAUUGAUCAAGUGACCAACAUUCUGGCUCCACUCGCUGUAGGCCAGGUCAUGACCCUGGCAUCCAAUGUCGUUGGCUGUGGCUUCAUCCUGGGAUGGAACCUUGUAUCCCUCAUUGUGGAGUUCAUCUUCCUGUCCAGGGUGUACCGUAUCGUCCCUGCGCUUUCCAUCAAACCGCAGGUGGAUGACGUGGAAGAAGAGGUCACACUGGGGAGGCAAGAGAAACGAGAGAGUUUGCCAGGGGAUCCUAAGGUGAGGGAAACCCAGGGAGCCAUAGAGAACUGCAACACCAGCAUCCACCUGAAACAGGUUUCCAGCCUGCCACUGUGUCUCCGGAGGAUCAGAUGGCUUCUCAGCACCUGCAAGGAGGGCUGGAAGGCCUACUACAGGCAGCCCGUCUUCCUGGCAGGAAUGGGGUUGGCCUUCCUCUACACCACAGUGCUUGGGUUUGACUGCAUCACCACCGGUUACGCCUACACCCAGGGCAUCAGCGGCUCCCUGCUCAGCUUGCUCAUGGGUGUGUCAGCGAUCACAGGGCUGAUGGGUACCGUCAUCUUCACCAAGUUGAGGAAGGCCUAUGGCCUGGUAAACACCGGGGUCAUAUCCAGCUGCCUGCACCUGAGCUGCCUCACUCUGUGUGUGUGCUCUGUCUUCGCACCUGGAAGCCCCAUGGAUCUCAGCCUGCUGGUGCCCAUUGCUGAGGUCAACUCCUCAGCAGCUGAGACCGGAGGCCUGGUAAGCCAGGGGAAAAGGCAUACAUACCCUUUCCUAGGCAGUAACAACCAACCACUCCUCCCAGACCGCUCCUCCAUUCACUGGACCAACAGCACGGUGCUCUUUGAGAAUAUUCCAUCAGGAACUGGACCCGAGUCUUACGUCUCCAUCAUCCUCCUUUUCCUGGGUGUGAUCACAGCUCGUAUUGGCCUGUGGUCUUUUGACCUGACAGUAACUCAGCUCCUUCAGGAGAACAUAUGUGAGUCAGAGCGGGGUGUGGUCAAUGGUGUCCAGAGCUCCAUGAACUACCUAAUGGACCUACUGCACUUCAUCAUGGUCAUCUCAGCACCCGAGCCCCAGCACUUUGGCCUCCUGGUCAUCAUCUCUGUCUUGUUCAUCACCGCUGGACAUACCAUGUACUUCAUGUAUGCCCGCAAGGCCAAGAGAAAACAGCAACUGAACACAUAA